AUGAAAGUGAUAACAGUACUGCUCGUUGUCACUCAACUAGGUAGUGGUUGUGUUUUGUGUCCUUUCAGGAUACCACCUUAUCCUAGGCCGUUGGAUCAAUUCCGAGUUCCGUCUAUCGAGAAACUCCUUGAUACAUCGGAUUACAUAGUAACUCUGUGUCAGAACAAUAGCAGGUAUGUCCUAGUGUAAUAUGAUAUGAACCGACAGGCUUGACCUAGUAUCAGAAUCUUGUCGAAGCGAAGUGUCACACCUCUUCUGUUCGUUGAGAGAUUUGGUGGAAAGCUACAAGAUAACGUGCUCAGAGUCUGAUUCUGAAGCUUGUGCAACAUGUAGACGCAACAUGAUGAGACAGAGAGACCAAAACUCGUGGGUGAGAACAUGUAAGCUUCUAUUACCGUUAGUAGUUUUACAAGUCUAGGGGUCGAUUCGCUGGGAAAGAUGCCAGCUGGUAUCAGUGAUGGGAACUAUCAUUGGCUGGGAGAUUACGAACAGUGUUAUGCCUUGCAAAAGUAAGCCUUAUUCUUCGAUUGAAAACUGUUUUAGCUCUAAACAAUUUAAUGGAAGGUAUUGUUUGAUCGACUUUGCUGUCCCGGAUUCCGUAUCAAGCCUACAAUGUGAAGAUUCGGAGCCACUUGAGGUAUCUCUGGGAGCUUGUCUACCGUACAGUUGCUCUAUACAAGAAGACAUUGAAUUAGUAGAACGUAAGAACAUUGGGAAUCUUUAUUAUCGAUUAUACAUAAAUAAAUCUAUUCAGCAAAUUUGUGGUAACAGUAUAUUUUUAGAUGUUACGGAUCUCAAGGUUAACAUACGAUGUGAGCCAAAAGUGGAAUGGUCGAUUGGAUCCCUAAUAUUUUUGUAAGUUAACGAAUCUUGGCAAAAACUAGUGUAAAAGAAGUAGAAAAUGUUUGAAUUUUCAAUAAAAUACCAAAACAAUUUAUUUCGAAAUCUGACUUUUCCCUCUUAUUUUUCGCUAGGGGUGAGAAACGGGCCGUCUAGGCCCGGCCCUACGAUCGGGCCGGGCCGGCCUUGAGCUAAAAUUGGGCCCGGGCCCGAAAAAAAAAUUUUUUUAAUUUUUAAAAAUUUUUUAUUUUAAUCCCCGUUGAUGUUUUUUGAUUUUAUUGGAUAUCAUGAUACAUAAAUGAUCUAAAAGAACAAUGCAAAGCCAAAUUUCCGUUUAUUUUUUAAGUUUUAAAAUUUUUUAAAACGGGCCGGGCCUAGAAAUUUACUGACCGGGCCGGGCCGGCCUGAGAGAAAAUUGAAAACGGGCCGGGCCUAAACGUUGGGCCCCGGGCCUGGGCCGGGCCUAAAAAAGUGGGCCCGGCCCUUUUCUCACCCCUAUUUUUCGCGCUCUUUUUUCCGUCAGAGAAAUUUAGAGAGCACGCGAAAAAAAGAUUGAACAGAAUGCACAAAGUUAUGUUUUUGAUUGUUGCAAAAUACUGUAAAUUUUUUGUAAAACAACAUUAAUUAUAAGUGUUAUUUUAGCUUUACUCUGCUAGGAUGGGUGAUAGCUCUGUUCUUCGCCACUGUGUUCGACUGGUUGAUAAAUCUCCCAGAGAAUUCGGGGUUGAAGAAAGUGGUACAUUCCUUGUCGUUGCAAAGGAAUAUGCAAGAAUCUCUUCGAACUACGAGAACUUCUGAACAUCAGCUGAACGCCUUCCAAGGACUUCAAGUAUUGUUCGUGAUCUUCUUGGUAUCUGGCAACGUGUUCUUUUUGGCCAUUCCUUAUCUCGGUAAGGUUUUAGGUAACAUUGUUUACAACGCUAAAUUAAACUAAUAUUCAAGGUAGUUUAAUAUUUAAAAUAACAUUUUUAAUACCGUAAUAUUUAAACUGACAUGUUUUUUAUAAAUUGUUUUCCAGAAAAUGUUUCAUACGCAUAUGACUUGUCGACCUUGUUCUUCUACCAACCGAUUGUCAAUUACAGUUUUUUUGUGGAUGGACUUUUAGCACUUGGCGCUUUAAGGCUUACUUUGAAGCCUAACUACGCCUUCAACAACAUCAAGAGCGUUGGAAUGUUAUUUGCAAACAGAUUGAUAAGGUAAGCUAAUAUACGUGGCUAUUAACUUUGUUGCAGAGUGUGGCCAACUUACCUGUUCAUAACACUAUUUAUCGUUUACCUAUACGAUCGGCUAGGUGAAGGUCCGAUGUGGUCUUACAACGACUUGUCCAAAAGAUGUUCUGACAACUUUCUGUCCAAUAUGGGUCUGAUUAACAACAUUUUGGGGACUGAUUACAUUGUAAGUUUACAUUAUACAUAUGAUAACAGGUUUGUAAAGUGUUUAGACGGAGGUUUCUUGUUUGCUCUGAAGACCCAGCUAUUCACGUUUGGCAUAGUAAUAUUGUACAUGAAGAGCAAAGUCGGCCGAAGAGUUACUUUGUGGACUUUGCUUACUAUACUGCUGGCCUCGGCUGUGUACACUUUUACUUUGUCGUAUAGGAAGAAUCUCUACUCUACUCUCAUCCCGACCGAGAAUAUUAAAGAGUAAGUUAAUUAAAGGGUAGUAUCAACUGCAAAGUAGGGAUUUUCUACAUUAUUAGUAGUUAGCAUAUCAGAUACUGUGGCAGAAAUUACAUACUCUUAGUGGUUAGUAUAGGUAUUAGGUGUUGUCUUAAAACUAGGCAUUUGCUUACUAUCUGAUAAUACAGUAUAUUAUAGUUUGAAAGGGUACGCCACAUUUGCAAACAAAAUCUACAUGAAUCCGUUGGGAAGGUCGGGGUCGUAUGUUGUCAGUAUGAUAGCUACAAUCUUGUACAAGGAAACCCAAAGGUCAACAUUCAGUCAAGUAAGCCUAACGUUAAUUACUUUAAAUAACAUCAAAUAAUAUUAAAAUAACAAAAGACAAAAAGCCGUAUAUAACAGAUACAAAUGCAUACAGUAGUGCCACAGUACAUUCACAAUUAUUAUCUUGUAAACACUUACAGAUGAGAGGGUCUGUGGUCUUUUGUAUGAAUGUAAUUGGGUUGCUGCUUACAAUUUGGACACCGUUUUACCUGGCUACAAGUGAGAGUAGUAUUCUCAAUGCAAUUUACUCAAGUGUGCAUCGUAUCGUCUGGUCAUUCCUGGUAGUGUGUUCUGUGUUUAGUCUGAAUCACAUGAGCAAAGGAAACGGUAGGGUACAAACGAGUAUAUUACAGUACAUUAACCUAACUUAAUUUUGCGAAAGUUUGUCAAAACCAUAUUGUUGUAGCGCUGAAUGCUUUCCUCAGUUGGAGAGUUUUCCUUCCCUUGAGCAAGUUGACGUAUUUGGUGUUUCUGAUCUCGGAGCCCGUCGCUCUUUCAUUGUUCGCUUCUCUCCAUCGCCCGACAUACGCCACCUCUCUUUCCACGGUAAGGGAAAAACAGGGUUACUGUAGCAUCUUUUCUUUCAGAUACUGACCUGUUUGGGGAGCGUGUGCGUCUCCUAUGCAAUCGCCUUCUUGAUCGACAUUGGAGUGGCGCGACCUGUACGCCACCUCUUUGAGACCACGCUACACUUCACUCGCCGAGACCCCCAAACACCGUGA